AUGCCAUCUGCAGUCGCGACCUUUCGGAAUAAACCUUUAUUUACCUCCGGUCAGAUGAGCAUCAUUUUGGAUAUGAGCCAGGACGAGAAGAAAAGCUUCUUCAAAGAUGAUGAAUGGCUGGAUGAUUCAAACAGAAAUGUACUCAGAGAUCUUCGAGGGUUUUUCGAAGAUUUCCAAAACGCAAAAGUUCCCAAACAAGACCGAGUCCAAGUUUUGAGAGAACGCCAAAGACGGUUUGACCAGUAUCCAGAUUAUAAAGAUUUCAUCCGAUACUUGUUGUAUCGUUUUUUGAGAGUUCCCAACGCUGGAUGCUAUUGCUGCGGAAAGUCUCAAAAUGGUUGUACAUUCCUUCAUUGGUUAGAUGAUUACACUAAGAAUAAACUAUGUGACGGAUGCGGUGCUACAGGAGCGAAAAGAUGCUAUUCCAAUAAACCUGGAACAAAGUGUGAACUGCUAGUCUUACACAAUCUACGUGACCAUUUUCACGAAUUUGUGCAAUUACGUGUACGAACUGGACAUUUCCGAAGAAAAAGACAGUAA